AUGUCACUCACUGAGCAAAUUGAACAAUUCGCCAGUAGGUUCCGCGAUGAUGAUGCUACUCUGCAAUCAAGGUAUUCAACUCUUUCAGAACUGUACGACAUAAUGGAGUUACUAAAUUCCCCUGAAGACUACCAUUUCUUCUUACAGGCGGUGGUACCUCUACUCCUGAAUCAGCUAAAGGAGGUCCCCAUUUCAUUCGAUGCACAUUCACCGGAACAGAAGUUAAGAAAUUCCAUGCUUGACAUUUUCAAUAGGUGUCUCAUGAACCAAACGUUCCAACCCUAUGCAAUGGAAGUUCUAGAGAUUCUACUUUCGAUAUUACCCAGUGAAAAUGAGGAGAAUGGUAUAUUAUGUAUAAAAGUGUUAACGACACUUUUCAAAUCAUUCAAAUCAAUACUACAAGAUAAACUCGACUCAUUCAUACGGAUUAUUGUUCAGAUUUAUAAAAAUACACCGAACCUCAUUAAUCAGACCUUUUACGAAGCUGAAAAGGGAGAACUGGGUGAUUUGAACUCACCUAAACAAUCACAGACUGAUGAACUAUUGGAUGAACUGUCCAAAAAUGAUGAGGAUAAAGACUUUCCAUCGAAGCAAUCAUCUGCGGAACCAAGGUUUGAAAACUCGAUUUCAUCAAAUGGGCUGAGAUCAUCUAUGUUUUCCUUCAAAAUCCUUUCAGAAUGCCCCAUUACAAUGGUCACUUUAUAUUCGUCUUAUAAGCAACUCACUAGCACUUCGUUACCAGAAUUUACGCCUCUUAUUAUGGAUUUAUUGAAUAUACAAAUUAAACAACAACAGGAAGCAAGAGAGCAAGCGGAAUCUCACGGAGAGCAUUUUACUUCUAUCUCUAUAGAAAUUACAAACAGACCAGCUUACUGUGAUUUUAUAUUAGCCCAAAUCAAAGCUACUUCUUUCCUAGCUUAUGUGUUCAUUAGGGGUUAUGCUCCUGAAUUUUUACAAGAUUAUGUUAAUUUUGUUCCUGACUUAAUUAUCAGACUCCUGCAAGAUUGCCCUUCUGAACUAUCAUCUGCCAGAAAGGAACUUCUGCACGCUACUAGACAUAUCUUAUCCACAAACUAUAAGAAGCUUUUUUUGCCCAAAUUGGAUUAUUUAUUUGAUGAACGUAUACUUAUUGGUAAUGGAUUUACUAUGCAUGAAACGUUAAGGCCCUUGGCUUAUAGUACUGUAGCAGAUUUCAUUCAUAAUAUAAGAUCUGAAUUACAACUGAGCGAAAUCGAAAAAACAAUUAAAAUUUACACUGGAUAUUUGUUGGAUGAGUCAUUAGCUCUGACUGUUCAAAUAAUGAGUGCAAAACUGUUACUUAAUUUAGUGGAAAGAAUAUUGAAAUUGGGCAAAGAGAACCCACAAGAAGCACCCAGAGCUAAGAAAUUGCUAAUGAUCAUCAUUGACUCAUAUAUGAAUAGAUUCAAAACCUUGAACAGGCAAUACAAUGCAAUAAUGAAGCAUUAUGCCAACUAUGAAACGCAUAAAAAGGAGAAAGCAGAAAAUCUCAAAAGCUCUAUACAGAAUAACGACAAAGAGAGCGAGGAAUUUAUGAAAAAGGUACUUGAUUCAACAGAUGAAGCCCAGUUAAUACCACAACCCAUAAAAGAAGAUGAUAAUAGCAACAUAGACGUCGAAAUGGCAGAAUCCACCAAAAAUAAGAAAAAUAGCCUUGAAAUGUUUGACAUAAAAAACUAUGCCCCAAUAUUAUUACUACCCACACCAACAAAUGAUCCUAUCAAAGACGCCUUUUACCUGUACAGAACUUUAAUGUCUUUUUUGAAAACAAUAAUUCAUGAUUUGAAGGUCUUUAAUCCACCUCCAAUAGAAUAUACGGUAGCCAAUCCUAAAUUAUGGGCUUCCGUUUCUAGAGUCUUUUCGUAUGAGGAAGUUAUUGUUUUCAAAGAUUUAUUUCACGAGUGUAUCAUUGGUUUAAAAUUUUUUAAAGACCACAAUGAAAAAUCAUCUCCAACACCAACAAAAAAACAUUUUGACAUAUCAAUGCCUAGCCUGCCAGUAUCAGCAACAAAGGAUGCUCGUGAGUUAAUGGACUACUUGGCCUUUAUGUUUAUGCAGAUGGAUAAUGCUACGUUCAAUGAAAUCAUUGAACAGGAACUACCAUUCGUCUAUGAAAGAAUGCUGGAGGACUCUGGGCUGCUACAUGUUGCACAAUCUUUCUUAACGAGUGAAAUGACCUCUCCAAAUUUUGCUGGAAUCCUGUUAAGAUUUUUAAAAGGCAAAUUAAAAGAUUUGGGAAAUGUUGAUUUUAACACUUCUAACGUAUUAAUACGGCUUUUCAAAUUAUCUUUUAUGUCUGUCAACCUUUUUCCAAAUAUCAAUGAGGUUGUUCUGCUUCCACACUUGAAUGAUUUAAUUUUAAACUCCCUGAAAUAUUCAACCACUGCAGAGGAGCCUUUGGUCUAUUUUUAUCUGAUUAGAACACUUUUUAGAAGUAUAGGUGGUGGCAGGUUCGAGAACCUUUAUAGAUCGAUCAAGCCCAUACUGCAAGUGCUGUUACAAUCUUUAAACCAAAUGAUACUUACUGCACGAUUACCCCAUGAAAGAGAACUUUACGUGGAAUUAUGCAUUACCGUGCCAGUUCGGUUGAGUGUCCUUGCUCCUUACCUGCCAUACUUGAUGAAACCAUUGGUUUUUGCAUUACAGCAAUAUCCAGAUCUUGUUUCACAGGGUUUGAGAACCUUAGAGCUAUGUAUUGAUAAUUUGACCGCCGAAUAUUUCGAUCCGAUAAUUGAACCAGUAAUCGAUGACGUUUCGAAAGCCUUAUUUAACCUUUUGCAACCCCAACCAUUUAAUCAUGCUAUCAGUCACAACGUUGUUAGAAUACUUGGCAAAUUAGGAGGUAGAAACCGUCAAUUUUUGAAACCACCAGCGGACCUCACCGAGAAAACGGAACUGGAUAUCGAUGUAAUAGCCGAUUUCAAAAUCAAUGGUAUGCCCGAAGACAUCCCACUCUCAAUAACACCUGGAAUACAGUCUGCUUUGGAUAUAUUAGAAAGCUAUAAGAGUGAUAUUCACUACAAAAAAAGUGCUUACAAGUAUCUAACCUAUGUAUUACUGUUAAUGACAAAAUCAUCUGUUGAAUUUCCAGAGAAUUAUACUGAAUUAUUAACGACAGCUGUGAAUUCUAUAAAACUAGAGAAAAUUGAAUUAAAGAAUAACUUCGACUUAGAACCAACUGUGAAUAAGAGAGAUUUUUCGAAUCAAGAAACCUUAUUUCUGAGAUUGUUGGAGAGUGUUUUCUAUGCAACUUCGAUAAAUGAACUAAAAGAUGAAGCGAUGACCCUAUUGAAUAACCUUUUGGAUCAUUUCUGCUUGCUACAAGUCAAUACUUCCCUGCUCAAUAAAAGAAAUUAUAAUGGGACAUUCAAUAUUGAUUUAAAGAAUCCAGACUUCAUGUUAGACAGCUCGUUGAUUUUGGAUGUUAUUCCUUUCGCCCUUUCGUAUUAUAUCCCAGAGGUUCGUGCGGUAGGUGUUUUAGCAUACAAAAGAAUAUAUGAGAAGAGUUGUUUAAUAUACGGGGAAGAACUAGCGUUAAGUCAUUCGUUCAUACCGGAAUUAGCUAAACAAUUCAUCCAUUUGUGUUAUGAUGAAACGUAUUACAACAAAAGGGGCGGUGUCUUGGGUAUAAAAGUUUUAAUUGAUAACGUCAAAUCGUCUUCAUUUUUCCUUAAAAAGUACCAGUAUAACCUAGCAAAUGGGCUAUUAUUUGUGUUGAAGGAUACUCAGAGUGAGGCUCCUUCGGCUAUAACAGAUAAUGCCGAGAAAUUACUGAUAGAUUUAUUGAGUAUCACGUUUGCGGAUGUAAAAGAAGAAGAUUUGGGUAACAAAGUCUUAGAAAACACGUUGACGGAUAUUGUAUGCGAAUUAAGUAAUGCCAAUGCUAAGGUAAGGAAUGCGUGUCAAAAGUCCUUGCAUACAAUUUCAGACCUCACUGGAAUUUCUGUAGUAAAACUGAUGGAUCAUUCCAAACAAUUCCUUCUAUCACCAAUAUUUGCAAAACCUUUAAGAGCAUUACCAUUCACUAUGCAAAUUGGUAAUGUGGAUGCUAUCACUUUUUGCCUAAGCCUACCAAACACUUUUUUAACAUUUAACGAAGAACUGUUUAGAUUGCUACAAGAAUCUAUCGUUUUAGCGGAUGCAGAGGAUGAAUCGCUUUCAACAAAUAUACAAAAAACAACCGAAUAUAGUACUUCUGAGCAAUUAGUACAACUAAGAAUAGCGUGCAUAAAAUUGCUUGCCAUUGCUCUCAAAAAUGAAGAGUUUGCCACAGCCCAACAGGGAAAUAUCAGAAUUCGUAUACUGGCUGUAUUUUUCAAAACAAUGCUAAAAAAUUCACCAGAGAUUAUCAAUACAACAUAUGAAGCCUUGAAGGAAUCGUUGGCGGAAAACUCUAAGUUACCAAAAGAAUUGCUUCAAAAUGGGCUAAAACCACUUUUAAUGAAUCUAUCUGAUCACCAGAAGCUAACAGUUCACGGGCUAGAUGCUUUAUCGAAGCUUCUUGAGUUAUUAAUUGCCUACUUCAAAGUAGAAAUUGGAAGAAAAUUGUUGGAUCAUCUCAGUGCCUGGUGUCGUGUUGAAGUUCUUGACACGUUAUUUGGCCAAGAUUUAGCGGAGCAGAUGCCGACUAAAAUAAUAAUAAGCAUUAUUAACAUUUUUCAUCUACUGCCACCACAAGCUGAUAUGUUUUUAAAUGAUUUAUUGCUUAAGGUUAUGCUUCUAGAGAGAAAACUACGCCUUCAAUUGGACUCUCCAUUUCGUAAACCAUUGGCCAAGUAUUUGAACCGUUUUCAUAAUCCUGUAACAGAAUACUUUAAGAAAAAUAUGACAUUAAGACAAUUAGUGCUUUUUAUGUGUAAUAUUGUUCAAAGGCCUGAGGCAAAGGAACUGGCUGCAGAUUUUGAGAAAGAACUUGAUAACUUUUAUGACUUUUACAUCUCCAAUAUACCAAAAAAUCAAGUACGUGUUGUUAGUUUUUUCACUAACAUGGUUGAUUUAUUUAAUACGAUGGUGAUUACGAAUGGGGAUGAAUGGUUAAAAAAAAGAGGCGAUAUGAUUUUGAAGCUUAAAGAUAUGCUAAACUUAACUUUAAAGACAAUAAAGGAAAACCUGUUUUACAUCGACCAUCUACAAUUAAACCAAAGUAUUGAGAAGUUUCAGAUCCUUUAUUUGCGGUACACUGAAUUAUCUGAAAAGGAUCAAAAUCUGUUGCUCCUGGAUUUUAUCGAUUUUUCCUUUUCAAACUGUAUCAAUUCUUCGUAUUCUCUCAAUAAAUUCGUCUUCCGUAAUAUAAUAACGAAUUCAAAUAAGGAGGAACAGAAUAACUUUAUUAAUGAUGGGAUAGUUUUCGCAAUGUCGGAUAAAUGCCUAGAUGCCAGGAUAUUUGUUCUCAAAAAUGUUAUCAAUUUAACUUUGAUUUAUGAAGUAGCAACAGCCGGCUCUUUGCAAAAAUUCCUCGUAGGAGAUGAAAAGCCCAAAUGGUUAGAAUUACUUCACAGUAAGAUCUGGAAGAAUUCGAAUGCAAUUUUAGCAUAUGAUGUUACAGAUCAUCAUGAUCUAUUCCGUUUUGAGCUCCUGCAACUAUCAGGAAUAUUCAUUAAAGCAGAUCCUGAUAUUAUAGCUGAGACAAAGAAGGAUAUAAUAAAAUUCUGCUGGAACUUCAUAAAGCUCGAAGAUACUUUAAUUAAACAGUCUGCCUAUUUGGUAACAUCAUAUUUCAUAUCCAAAUUUGAUUUUCCUAUAAAAGUCGUCACUCAAGUUUUUGUUGCCCUACUUCGUUCUUCACAUGUAGAAGCUAGGCACUUAGUGAAACAAUCGCUGGAUGUUUUGACGCCUGUUCUCCAUGAACGUAUGAAUGCAGCUGGGACUCCAGAUACAUGGAUUAACUGGGUAAAAAGGGUUAUGGUAGAAAAUUCCUCUAGUCAGAACAACAUUUUGUAUCAAUUUUUGAUCAAUCAUCCUGAUUUGUUUUUCAAUUCAAGAGAUUUGUUCAUAUCAAACAUCAUUCAUCAUAUGAAUAAGAUAACGUUCAUGUCAAAUUCAAACCCAGAUAGCCAUACCUUAGCUAUUGAUUUGGCUUCAUUGAUUCUUUAUUGGGAAAACAAGUCUUUAAAAACUACAAAUGAAAAUAAUAUCAAGACAGAUGCCGAAGGUGACGUUAUUAUGUCCGAUUUCAAAACUGAUAUUAAAUCAAUCGAGCCUGACACAACCGCAAUAAUUGUGGAUGCAAAUAACAACUCGCCUAUAACUUUACACCUGCGUGAGGCUUGUACAGCGUUUUUGAUAAGAUAUGUAUGUGCAAGCAAUCAUCGUGCCAUAGAAACAGAACUUGGAUUGAGAGCUAUUAAUAUUCUGUCAGAGUUAAUCUCAGACAAGCACUGGACAAACGUCAAUGUUAAGCUAGUUUACUUCGAAAAAUUUCUAAUAUUUCAAGAUCUUGAUUCUGAGAAUAUUCUUUACUAUUGCAUGAAUGCGCUAGAUGUGCUAUAUGUAUUCUUCAAAAAUAAGACAAAGGAAUGGAUAAUGGAAAAUUUGCCAAUCAUUCAAAAUCUUCUGGAAAAAUGUAUCAAAUCCGAUCACCAUGAUGUACAGGAAGCCUUACAAAAGGUGCUACAAGUAAUUUUGAAGGCAAUAAACGUCCAGGGCGUUUCGGUAACAGUUGAAGAGGACAGUCCUGGUAAAACAUUCCUUCAGAUGUUAACCUCGGUCAUUACUCAAGAUCUUCAGGAAACAUCAUCUGUUACAGCUGGUGUUACUCUAGCAUGGGUACUGUUUAUGAAUUUUCCAGAUAGUGUUGUGCCAUUACUGACGCCGCUGAUGAAGACAUUUAGCAAGUUGUGCAAGGAUCACUUAAGCAUAUCACAACCGAAGGAUGCAAUGGCUUUGGAGGAAGCAAAAAUUACAACUAAACUUUUGGAGAAGGUUUUAUAUAUAUUGUCUCUAAAAGUUUCAUUAUUAGGUGACUCCCGUCGCCCAUUUCUGUCUACUGUGGCACUAUUGAUUGAUCACUCUAUGGAUCAGAAUUUCUUAAGAAAAAUUGUUAACAUGUCCAGAAGUUGGAUAUUUAACACUGAAAUAUUUCCAACUGUAAAAGAAAAAGCUGCUAUUUUAACGAAGAUGCUGGCUUUCGAGAUUAGAGGGGAACCUUCUUUAUCAAAACUGUUCUAUGAAAUAGUCUUGAAGCUUUUUGAUCAAGAACAUUUUAAUAAUACAGAAAUUACAGUAAGGAUGGAACAACCUUUCCUCGUAGGAACACGUGUUGAAGAUAUCGGUAUCAGGAAGAGAUUUAUGACUAUUCUAGAUAACAGUUUAGAGAGAGAUAUUAAAGAGAGACUAUAUUAUGUUAUACGGGACCAGAACUGGGAAUUUAUUGCCGAUUAUCCGUGGUUGAAUCAAGCUUUGCAAUUAUUAUAUGGCUCUUUCAAUCGAGAGAAAGAAUUAUUCUUGAGGGAUAUUUACUACUUGUCUCCACCAUCGAUUUUACGGGAGUACCUCCCAGAAAAUGCAGAAUUAGUAACCGAAGUAAAAAGCCAGGAAUUUUCAGAUUUCAUCAAGGAUCAUAUUUCUGCCAUGCAAAGUUUGUGUCAAAUACCUUCUUCUGAUUUUAUGGAUUCCUUAAUUGAAAUAUUCUAUCAAGAUCCAAAGGCAAUUCACAAAGCGUGGGUUACUUUAUUCCCCCAAGUAUAUAGAAGUAUUCCGAAGAACGAAAAAUACGGAUUUGUUCGCUCCGUUAUUACGUUACUUUCUAAGCCUUAUCAUACCAGACAAAUCUCCUCUAGAACGAAUGUGAUUAACAUGUUAUUAGACUCAAUCAGCAAAAUCGAAUCGUUAGAAUUACCUCCUCAUUUAGUCAAGUAUCUCGCAAUAUCUUACAACGCUUGGUAUCAAUCAAUUAACAUUUUAGAAUCAAUUCAAAACAACACAGGCAUCGAUAAUACAAAAAUAAUUGAAGCAAAUGAAGAUGCACUAUUAGAACUGUACGUCAAUUUACAAGAAGAAGACAUGUUUUAUGGCCUAUGGAGACGUAGAGCAAAAUAUACGGAAACAAAUAUUGGGCUAUCAUAUGAACAGAUUGGACUUUGGGACAAAGCUCAGCAGCUCUAUGAAGUCGCGCAAGUGAAAGCUCGCAGCGGUGCCUUGCCCUACUCACAAUCUGAGUAUGCAUUAUGGGAAGAUAACUGGAUACAAUGUGCCGAAAAAUUACAACAUUGGGACGUGUUGACUGAGUUAGCCAAGCAUGAAGGUUUUACAGACUUGUUAUUGGAAUGUGGUUGGCGUGUUGCUGAUUGGAACAGUGAUCGUGAUGCGCUUGAACAAUCUGUAAAAAGUGUAAUGGACGUUCCAACUCCACGAAGACAAAUGUUCAAGACCUUUUUGGCUCUUCAAAACUUUGCAGAAACCCGAAAAGGUGACCAAGAAGUCAGGAAGCUAUGUGAUGAGGGAAUACAGUUGAGUUUAAUUAAGUGGGUAUCUUUACCAGUCAGAUAUACCCCCGCUCAUAAGUGGCUAUUACACGGAUUUCAACAAUACAUGGAAUUUUUGGAAGCAACACAAAUAUAUGCCAACUUGCACACAACAUCCGUACAGAAUUUGGAUUCAAAAGCUCAAGAAAUUAAGCGUAUUUUGCAAGCUUGGAGAGACCGUCUUCCAAACACAUGGGAUGAUGUCAAUAUGUGGAAUGACUUAGUCACAUGGAGGCAACACGCGUUCCAGGUUAUUAAUAACGCUUAUCUUCCAUUAAUACCAGCACUUCAACAAUCAAAUAGUAAUAGCAAUAUCAAUACUCAUGCUUACAGGGGAUAUCACGAAAUUGCUUGGGUAAUUAACAGAUUUGCGCAUGUUGCGAGAAAACACAACAUGCCUGACGUGUGUAUUAGUCAAUUAGCACGUAUUUACACCUUGCCCAAUAUUGAAAUUCAAGAAGCUUUCUUAAAGCUAAGAGAACAAGCCAAAUGCCAUUACCAAAACAUGAACGAAUUAACGACAGGUCUGGAUGUUAUUAGUAAUACAAAUUUGGUUUACUUUGGUACUGUGCAGAAAGCUGAAUUUUUCACGUUAAAAGGUAUGUUUUUGUCUAAACUACGAGCAUAUGAAGAAGCAAAUCAAGCAUUUGCAACGGCUGUUCAGAUAGAUUUGAACUUAGCCAAAGCAUGGGCCCAAUGGGGUUUUUUUAAUGACCGUCGUCUGUCAGAAGAGCCAAACAAUAUCAGUUUUGCCAGUAACGCAAUAAGUUGUUACUUACAAGCGGCCGGCUUAUAUAAAAAUUCAAAGAUUAGAGAAUUACUGUGCAGAAUUUUAUGGCUCAUUAGUAUGGAUGAUGCUUCAGGUAUGCUCACAAACGCAUUUGAUUCCUUCAGAGGUGAAAUACCUGUGUGGUACUGGAUUACUUUUAUUCCUCAAUUAUUGACUUCUUUGUCACACAAGGAAGCUAACAUGGUUCGCCAUAUUCUGAUCAGAAUUGCUAAAAGUUAUCCGCAAGCUCUGCACUUUCAAUUAAGAACGACAAAGGAAGACUUUGCUGUUAUUCAAAGACAAACGAUGGCAGUUAUGGGAGAUAAACCAGAUACAAAUGAUCGCAAUGGACGCCGCCAACCUUGGGAGUAUUUACAAGAAUUGAACAAUAUUUUAAAAACAGCGUAUCCAUUGCUGGCUUUAUCCUUAGAAUCGCUUGUCGCCCAAAUAAACGACCGUUUCAAAUCAACUACCGACGAAGAUCUUUUCAGGUUAAUAAAUGUUCUUUUGAUCGACGGAACGCUGAAUUACAAUCGCUUGCCAUUUCCCAGAAAAAAUCCAAAACUUCCUGAGAACACAGAAAAAAACUUAGUCAAGUUCUCUACGACUUUGUUAGCGCCUUAUAUAAGACCGAAAUUCAAUGCCGAUUUCAUUGACAAUAAGCCAGAUUAUGAGACGUAUAUCAAAAGAUUGCGUUAUUGGCGUAGGAGACUGGAAAACAAACUAGAUAGGGCAUCAAAAAAAGAAAAUCUUGAAGUUCUAUGCCCACAUUUGAGUAACUUUCAUCACCAAAAAUUUGAAGAUAUAGAAAUUCCUGGUCAGUAUCUUUUGAAUAAAGAUAAUAAUGUUCAUUUCAUUAAAAUCGCUAGGUUUUUGCCUACGGUUGAUUUUGUUCGUGGAACUCAUUCCUCAUACAGGCGUUUAAUGAUUCGUGGCCAUGACGGAAGUUUGCAUUCAUUUGCUGUCCAAUACCCAGCAGUACGCCAUUCAAGAAGGGAAGAAAGAAUGUUUCAAUUAUAUAGAUUAUUCAACAAAUCACUGUCCAAAAACGUGGAAACCAGACGUCGCAGUAUCCAAUUUAAUUUGCCAAUAGCAAUCCCAUUAUCCCCUCAAGUUCGUAUCAUGAAUGAUAGCGCUUCUUUUACCACACUUCACGAAAUUCACAAUGAAUUUUGUAAGAAGAAAGGAUUUGACCCUGACGAUAUUCAAGAUUUCAUGGCAGAUAAAUUGAAUGCAGCACAUGAUGAUGCCUUGCCCGCCCCUGAUAUGACUAUAUUGAAGGUUGAAAUUUUCAAUUCUAUUCAAACAAUGUUUGUGCCACCGAAUGUUUUAAAAGACCAUUUUACUUCUCUGUUUAGUCAAUUUGAAGAUUUCUGGUUAUUCCGUAAGCAAUUUGCGUCACAAUAUAGUUCAUUUGUGUUCAUGUCUUAUAUGAUGAUGAUCAAUAACCGUACUCCUCACAAAAUCCAUGUCGACAAAAAAUCUGGUAAUGUAUUUACUUUAGAGAUGUUACCUUCAAGAUUUCCAUAUGAAAGGGUGAAACCGUUACUAAAGAAUCAUGACUUAACUCUUCCACCGGACUCCCCAAUAUUUCAUAAUAAUGAACCAGUGCCAUUUAGAUUAACGCCUAAUAUUCAAUCUUUGAUGGGCGAUUCCGCUUUAGAGGGUAUAUUCGCAGUAAACUUAUUUACCAUAUCGCGUGCGCUCAUUGAACCUGAUAACGAGUUGAACACAUACUUGGCACUAUUCAUUCGCGACGAGAUCAUAUCGUGGUUUAGUAACCUCCAUCGACCAAUUAUUGAAAACCCACAGUUACGGGAGAUGGUCCAGACCAAUGUUGACCUAAUUAUAAGAAAGGUGGCACAAUUGGGCCACUUAAAUUCAACACCUACAGUUACAACCCAGUUCAUCCUUGACUGUAUUGGUAGCGCUGUUAGCCCAAGAAACCUGGCCAGAACAGAUGUAAACUUCGUGCCAUGGUUCUAG